AUGCAGGAGCUUGGGUUUGGUUUGACGGUCAGUCGAAUCAGGCACAUAGCAUACUCCCUUGCUGAGAAGGAGUGUGCUUCAAACAACAAACCGUUUCCAUUCAGCGACAAGAAAAAAUGUGCCAGUUGGAAGUGGUGGCGUGAGUUUCGUCGCAGAUACAAUUUAGGCCUAAGAACACCCGAAAAUUUGUCCCAAUAUCGGGCAAACAAUUCUAAUAGGGUGUUACUCAAUGAUUUCUACGACAAACUCUCUGAGGUUUAUGAAAAGUUUCCAGAAGGCAUCAAACCUCAACAAAUUUGGAACUGCGACGAAACGGGGCUGUGCUACGUUGUGAAGUCUGGACGAGUUGUUAUAAGAAUAGGCAAGCGGUUCGUCUAUAAUCGAGUAAUUGCUGACAAGGCUGAAACUCACACCGUUUUACCUUGCGUCAAUGCCGCAGGUGAAUUUGGACCUACUCUACUGAUCUUCAAAGGCGCUAGAAUGAUUGAUGGUUUGAAAAUUGGGGCGCUUCCAAAUGUAACAGUUGCAGUGUCUCAGAGUGGCUGGAUAAACUCAGAGUUAUUUCUGAUGUGGUUUCAAAAAUUUGUCCAGGGGAUUUCCUCAGCAAGGCCUGUGGUGCUAUUAAUGGAUUCACAUGCGAGUCACAUAACUCCUGAAGUCAUUGCAAUGACUUCAGAGAAUGAUAUCAUAAUUGUAACAUUUCCAAGCCACACAAGUCAUUUGCUACAGCCUUUGGAUGUAGCAGUAUACCGGCCUUUGAAAUUGGCUUGGCAGAAACACCUGAGGCAGAUUCAAGAAGGUAAUCCGCUGAGAAGACCAGGAAGAUUCGAUUUCCAUGGGAUGUUCAGUCCCGCUUUUCUGGAAGCAUUCAGCAGAGAAAAUAUCAUUUCUGCAUUCUGCAAGGCUGGUGUUUUCCCACUAAACAAGAUGAAAAUUCCUGAUGAAGCCCUGACAACAAACGUGGAUAACAGGUGUAUGGAUGAAAAUUCCCUGUCAGUCAGCAAUGCACCUGCUACAAAAGAAGGCAUCGAUGAUGUGUUAAAACUACCUGAUUUUACAGCACGUGCUCCAAAACCUGCAAGGAAGAGGCGUGAUCCAUCAGCUGCAGUUCAUCUUCCAGGGGAGAAAUCAUGUGGUAAUACUUCCACCGCCAGUACCAGUUCCAGUACUAGUGACACUACCAAAUCCUGUGUCAGUGCCAGUACCAGCAGUUUGGUUAAAGCCAAAAAGAACACCAAUAAGAGCAAAGGUGAAGCUGAAGAUGAAUGGUUUAAUAUUUUCGAUUAG